AUGUUACAUGAACUGCUCUUGGCUUUAUCUGGGCUUUCUGGUGACUUGUUUGUUCCAUACCCUCCAGAACCGGAAACAGCAACUACAUUUAAAAUUCCACCAGAGUUCCCGUUCUUACACGAAGCUGAAAAAAGUUCUUUAGAACGACUUGCUGCUUUGGGCUUUUAUUAUCGAAAGUUAACCAAUUUUCUUGAUAAACAACGCGGCAGAAAUGAGAAUCAUGGCUCUGUUGGGCAUCAGAAAGAUAUUGAUACCUCUCUUGAGAGUACUCCACAUGGCUCGUUCAUACACGCGCUAUGUAACGCCAUAAAUGAAGUGUUAGCAGACUUUCAUAAAACUAUUAUUGAAUCCGAGAUAAGAAUUCUGAACAAGGAAGACAAUAUGGGUGGAGUUAUACCAAUUUCACAAUUGGUUUCUGCUUUUAGUGAAUAUUAUAUCAUUCUUCCACAUCUUAAUCAGUUAAUACUUGACAUUGAACAUAAUCCUGUAAAAUAUUUCGGUUGUCGAAUACUUAAUUUGAUCAUUGAUAAAUGUAACACAGGUGUGCCUGAAAUACGAGAAAUCAUGUUGAAAUUACUGCAUGCAUGUCAUGAAGUGAUGUAUAAACAUAUUACUUCAUGGAUUGUUUAUGGACAAUUGUUGGAUCCUUUUGGAGAAUUUUUCAUUAAAGAUAGAACAUUACAAUAUAAUCCAAUCGAAAUACAAGAACAAUUUAGUCAAUCAAAAUGGCAUCGACGUUUUAUACUUGACGAAUCUUUUCUUUCAAAUAAUAUUCCUAAUGAUGUUGCCAAAUCAAUUUUAUUCGUUGGAAAAGCAAUUGCAACUGUUAGAAAUUCAACCAAACCAUAUGAGAAGCAUAGCAAGUUUCCGGAUAAGCUUGCUUCAUUACAUUUACAAUAUUUAUUGGAACUUUCGUCAAGACAAAUAUUUCAUCAAAUUGAGCUCGAAAAAAUUGUUAAUAUUAUUCGUAAUAAUGUUGCACAAUGGCUAUGGCAAGUAGUUUUGACGGGCGAUAAAGUUGUGGAAUGUCUUGAAGCCUUUAAAAAUUAUUUCUUACUCGGUCAAGGUGAUUUUGCAACUUCACUUGUUGAACAAUUUGAAAGCCUGUCAUCUUCAAGACUUAUUUCCAAAAGAAUACCAUUGAUUAAAGAACAAGAAAUGAAUUCUUUAUUGGUUCGAGCUUCCGUGGGUACAUUAGCAGAAAAAGAUUUGACAUUUGAAAAAUUUAGAUUUAAAAUACCAAACACAAAUGAACAACAAUCCUCAAAUGCAAUUAGCACGUUUGAUGAUAUCCUAAUAGGUGUUCCACUUAGAUUUGAAUACGAUAUUGGCUGGCCUCUUGAUUUAUUUGUUACUUCUGAAGAUCUAUCUAAAUACGGAGACAUUUUCUCAUUUUUGAUUUCCCUUCGUCGUACCCAAUUUAAACUUCAAAAGGUCUGGGCCCAUCUUUCAGACAAUGUAAAGAAGAAUAGAAAUUACAAAUUUUCUAAAAGAAAUAAGAAUACGAUGAUAAUGCCAUGGAAUGUUCGCGCAUCCAUGAUGUUUUUUGUAGAUUGUUUAUGGUCUCACGUGCAGAUGGAUAUUAUUGAAUCCAACUUUCAAAAACUUGUUCAUCGAAUCACUAUUUCUUCCGCACAUCAUCAACGACAAAGAUCAUCAUCAAUAACUGAGCAGAUUCCUCCUAGCAACGAGUUAGAAAGACUACGUGAUUUUGAGGAUAUCAGGUUAGGUCACGCUUCAUAUAUAGGUGAAUUGUUACGUGGAUGUCUACUUGAAUCUCGCGUGUGCACAGAAUCCAUUAGAACAACUUUGAAAAUUGUUGACAAAUUCUGUAUGAUAAUGGAAAGCUGGGAUGGGACAAAUGACACCGAGGAAAGAUUAGAACAAAUUGGCAAAUUUGAUGCGGAAUUUCGGGAACAAGUAAUGUUUUUGUUUCGAACACUUUCUGGGGUAAAUAAAACGGGAGAAGGUUUCGGUGGACCGCCAAGACAUUUGGAUCAAUUAUUAUUACGUUUAGAUUAUAGUAAAUGGUUUUCAAAUAACUUAUUAAUUCGUCUGUGA